AAAAAAGUUGCCAAAUCAAAAUGGUCACCGAGCCGAAGUCCGUUGAGCCCAAGGUCAGCACCAAGGAGGCGCAGUGCCAGUCAUCGGACUGCGAGACUUCCCAGCAGGAGCUGGUCUCGCAAGUAAGCAGCCCGAAGGGCGCCCGUGUGGGGAUCUUCAAUGCCGAGGACUUCUUGUCGCGUGCUCAGAUGAAUGACAAAAUCAACAUCUUGCGCUCGCCCACCAAGCCGCCCAACGGGGUGCGCCAGCGCUCCGUCUACACCAACAACCCAUCGCCGCAAGCAAUCUUGCGUGUCGGCAUGACUGGGGGAAGCUGUCCCAACGCAUGAGCAACAUCUCGCUGUCCUCCGGCACGGACUCCGUGGGCCACAUUGAUCGCGGCAGCAGCUCCAGUCUCGCUAGCAGCGCCACCGUUGGCACCAACACCAUCACCAGCGGCAUUUCCAAGGAGUGCGCCAAUUACCCCGUCGGCAGUCAGUCGGCCCGUCCAUACGUCCAACUGCCGGGCAUACACAUUUCCAACCCUCCCCAGUACGGGCCAGGGAAUAUGCAAGAAAUAGACGCUGGCAAAGACGCACAACGGCAAGGCACUCACAGGGCGCUACAAUGCCACGCCCACCUAUGGCUUCGACAACGAGCAGAACUACUGCCUGGUAAGGGGCUCCUGCAUAUCUGUAAAUCUAGCCGAUUCUAUGCUCAAUCUCAGAAUUCCCAACAGUUGCCGUCU